AUGCCGGGCACAAAACGGUUUCAACAUGUGAUUGAGACCUCAGAGCCUCGCAAGUGGGAAUUGUCUGGGUAUGAGGAAGCCCUGCCAAUCACAGAGAAGUCAAACCCACUGACCCAGGACCUGGACAAAGCAGAUGCCGAGCAAAUUGUUUGACUGCUGGGACAAUGUGAUGCUGAGAUCUUCCAGGAGGAGGGGCAAGUCAUGCCCAUGUACCAGCGACUGUAUAGUGAAUCGAUUCUGACCACCAUGGUACAAGUGGCUGGCAAAGUUCAGGAAGCGCUGAAGGAGCCUGAGGGGGCGCUGGUGGUGCUGAGCGGAGGGGUUACCUCUGGCAGGAUGGCAUUUCUCAUGUCGGUCUCCUUCAACCAGCUGAUGAAAGGUCUAGGACAGAAACCCCUUUACACCUACCUCAUUGCAGGGGGUGACAGGUCUGUGGUGGCAUCUAGGGAGGGGACAGAAGAUAGUGCCCUGCACGGGAUUGAGGAACUGAAGAAGGUGGCUGCUGGGAAGAAGAGGGUGAUUGUCAUUGGCAUUUCGGUGGGACUCUCUGCUCCCUUUGUGGCAGGCCAGAUGGAUUACUGCAUGGACAACCCAGCCAUCUUUUUGCCAGUCCUGGUUGGUUUCAACCCUGUGAAUAUGGCCAGAAAUGACCCCAUUGAAGACUGGAGUUCCACAUUCCGACAAAUAGCAGAGCGGAUGCAGAAACUGCAAGAGAAACAAGAAGCUUUUGUGCUCAAUCCUCCAAUUGGGCCCGAGGGCCUCAGUGGCUCAUCCUGGAUGAAAGGUGCAACCAAGAUCCUGCUGGAAACCCUGUACUGGAGGGUUGUAGGGUCUCCGCUGCUCUCAGCACAUUCUCUCCUGUACCGGGGCAUCGCAGCAUCUCAGAGGUGCCUUCUGGAAAUCCUGCGGACAUUUGAGCAGGCUCAUCAGGUGACCUAUAGUCAAAGCCCUAAGAUCACUGCCCUGAUGAAGCAAGCCAGCACCAGCCUGGAGAAAAAAGGCCCAGUGUACCUGGUUGGCUGGCAGACCCUCGGCAUCAUUGCCAUCAUGGAUGGGGUGGAGUGCAUCCACACCUUUGGUGCUGACUUCUGAGAUGUCCGUGGCUUUUUCAUUGGUGAUCACAGUGAUAUGUUUAACCAGAAGGCUGAGCUCAUCAACCAGGGUCCCCAGUUCUCCUUCUCCCAGGAGGACUUCCUGACUUCCAUCUUGCCAUCCCUCAUGGAAAUUGACACUGUGGUCUUCAUUUUUACCCUGGAUGACAACCUCACGGAGGUGCAGACGCUGGUGGAGCAGGUGAAAGAGAAGACUGCCAACAUCCAGGCCCUGGCACAUAGCACCGUGGGCCAGGCCCUGCCGGUCCCCUCGAAGAAGCUCUUCCCCUCCAUCAUCAGCAUCAUGUGGCCACUGCUUUUCUUCGAAUAUGAAGGGAACUUCAUCCAGAGGUUCCAGCAUGAGCUAAGCACCAAGUGGGUGCUGAAUACUGUGAGCACAGGGGCCCAUGUGCUUCUUGGGAAGAUUCUCCAAAACCACAUGUUGGACCUCCGCAUUCGCAACUCCAAGCUCUUCUGGCGGGCGCUGGCCAGGCUGCAGCGGUUCUCUGGACAGCCCAAGGCUCAAUGCAUCGAGACCCUCCUCCAGGUGAUCCACCUCCCCCAGCCACUGUCGGAUGACAUUCGGACUGCUCCCAUCUCCUUCCACAUCCAGGUUGCACACGAGAAGGAACAGGUGAUCCCCAUAGGCUUGCUGAGCCUCCUAUUCCUGUGCUCCGUCCCUGAGGCACAGGCGCAACUGGCGGCCGCUCCGUCUGUCUGUGAGGCUGUCAGGAGCGCCCUCACUGGGCCAGGUCGGAAGCGCGGUGCGAACCCCCUGGAAACCCUAGAGCCUGCCCUGCCCUGA